UUGAGAAAAGAGAACAGUCACUUCCUCCUCUUCUAUGCAUUCAAGCAUACAUUGGCUUCGUCGAUAAUCCCAUAUCCAUCACCACGACAUGGUCGACGUCGACCGCCGUAUGGCGGGCCUCACACCAGCCCACGCUGCAGGACUCCGCCGCCUCUCCGCUCGUGCCACAGCCACGACCGCAUCCUCUCCCUCCUGCUCCGCCAUCUCCCACCGUGGCGGCCUCCUCUCCUUCCUUCCCCUCGCCGAGUCCGUCCUUGCCUGCCUCCGCGCGGCUUCCGUCCCUGUCGUCCCGGGCCUCUCCCACGCCGAGCUCGCCCGCCUCGAGGCCGACCUCGACGUCUCCUUCCCCCCGGAUCUCCGCGCCGUCCUCGCCCUCGGACUCCCCUCUGCUCCCGGCUUCCCCGACUGGCGCUCCCCCGGCCGCCGCGCCGCCUUCGACCUCCCCCUCGCUGCUGCCUCCCUCCAGGUCGCGCGCGGCGCGCUCUGGCCACGCUCCUGGGGCCCCCGCCCCGCCGACCCCGACCGUGCCAUCCGCCUCGCCCGCGCCGCACUCCGCCGCGCCCCCCUCCUCAUCCCCGUGUUCGACCGCUGCUACAUCCCCUGCCGCCCCUGCCUUGCGGGCAACCCCGUCUUCUACGUCGACGAGCACCGGGUGUUCUGCUGCGGCUUCGACCUCGCCGACUUCUUCCAGCGCGAGCCCGCCUUCCACGCCGCCGCCUCCGCUUCCCCGGAUCCCCAUCCGAUCUGUUGCCCCAGGCCCCCCGGCAGGCGGAGCCUGGACGCCGUCGCCGGGAAGACUCCUCGGUGGAUCGAGUUCUGGAGCGACGCUGCUUCCAAUCGCCGCCGCCGUAACUCCUCAUCGUCCUCUUCCUCCUCUUUCUCCUCGUCCUCCUCCUCCUCCUGUGGAUCGGCGUCCCCGCCGCGACCGGACCCGCAGCAAUUCGUGGAGAUCCGGUCGCCGAGGCGACUGCCAGGCUGGGUGGAUGGCUACCUGGACCGGGUCGGUUGGGUCCUCCGAUCGGCCGGGUGGGACGAGUCGGACGUCAAGGAGAUCGUUCGCGUGCCCCCAUCCGCCGUCUUCGACGGCGAGGACGAAGCCACAGCGGCGACGAUCGACUCCGAGGCGGCGCUCGACGCGCUGCUGGUGAAGGCGGACCACUGUUCCGACUCGCUCCGGCGAGCCGGAUGGAGCUCCGACGACGUCUCCGACGCGCUGGGGUUCGACUUCCGCCGGCGGCCGCAGGAAAGACCCGCGGUCAAGUUACCUCCCACGAUCGCCUUCAAGAUCGAGAAGCUGGCCGCCGAGGCGGUCUCCCAACGCUGACGGGCGGUGUCCAGAUCCAGAACCUUUCAAUUUUUUGUGGGAACCUCGGUGACGUCGCAGCAGGUGUCGUACGGAAAGCCGUAUAAAGAGGAAAAGAGGAUGUAUGCGUACAGUGUUAAUAACAAAAAUACCUGUAUGUGCACCAUAUAUUACGAAAUCGACCCCCCAAAAAAAAUUCACAUCACAGCUCUCAAAAUUUCCCCCUUUGAUGUCGAAUGAUAACGUGUAACAUGAAAAGAAGGGAAUCGAUGAUUUGGUUGGAGCUA